GUGUUGACGCUCUCGAUCUCAUCAAAUGAUUUAUUUUUGGCUGUUGGAAUGGGCAAUCUGUUAGAGUUUUCGAUGCGCGAUGGGCCAGGGGGCGAAGCAGAGGAUUCGAAAAAAACAUAUGCUUCCAAGAAAACAGGGAUGGAAACACUCAUGCAGAUGGAAGAAAUUGCUCCGGUCGAACAACAUCUUCGUGGAGGAACCGUGCAGCAAGUCGGGCUCACUGCCCCACCUGUACCUCAGAUGCGACUAAACAAGGUUGAUUUGUUCCUCCGCCGAUUCAAGCAUUGGAAGGUUGUUGACAUGCUUUUCCGUGAUCGAUACUAUCGGUCACGCCCGGAUAUCGUUGUUAGUGCUUUAAAUGAGAUGUGA